CUGGGAGGUCAGGGCCAGGAAGUCUGAGGGCCCAGCUGGCCCCCAGCCCAGCACGUGUUAGCUGUCAUGACACCCCCGUAGGACGGUGCCUGGCACCCAGCAGACGCCAAAUGAAUGCCGGUUUCUCUCUCGACUUCCCUGGGGCCCAGCACAGGGCGUGCGCCUGUUUUCCCGACGACCCCGCCCCAGCGCAGUGCCUGGCGCGCAGGAAGAAGUCAAAGGCAGCUUUGUCCUCGGCGGUCUCAGGCCCGGUCCGGUGCCCCCGCCCCUGCGCAGGUGGCGCUGUGCCGCGAUGGCCGCGAGCCCCCUCCCGCCGUGCCCGGCGUCCCGGAUGGACUUUCUCAAGGCCUGGCGUUUCGCGCUGGGCCCGGACCCGCGGCUGCACCAGGGCACCCAGCGCUCCACGACGCACCGGGACUUCCCCUCCCACGGCCCCAACGCGCGAGCACAGCGGGUCCCGCAACUGCCGAGCGCUCAGCUCUUCCAGCAGGACCCUGGAGGGUCGGCCGAGGAGCGCGUGUCGGAGGCGCGCCGCGCGUUCACGCCGCCAGCGAAGGCCGAGGGCCCGCAGGGACGCAAGGCCGCCACGCGCCACCGCAGCCUGAGCUUGUACGCGGGCGCGCGGGCUGGGCCCGGCAUCUCCAGCACGCGCGCCGCCUACCGCUGGCCCGAGGUGCAGGCGCGCGCCGGGGAGCGGAUCGGAGGCGCGCGCCUCAUCUUUGACCUGGACUCGGUGCCGCCUGGCGACAAGGACAAGCUGCGCGUGCCCCCCACCGCGUACCGCACGUUCUUUCCGCCCCACGACGCGAGCCCGCAGCCCCGCGCGCACUGCUGCCAUCUGGGGGGUGCCAAUACCCUCAGGUGGGACUACAAGGGACAGAAAGAGAACUCCUACAAGAGACAAUUCCAGGCCCUGCUGGGCCCACCUGCCUCUAUGUGUAAGAGGGCGACUUUCUCUGUGCCCCUAGGAGAUUGCCAGACUGGGUAUGGCCCAGUGUACUCAGAGCUGAAACAGACCCAUGCACCCCAAGGCCUGCCCCCGGACAGGUAUGACAAGGCCCAGGCAGCCGCUCACAUCCACUGUGUCAGUAUCCCACCUGGAGACAGCCUCUUCCACGGCAGCACUACGGUGACCGACCACUUCUAUGCGUGGGACCCAGAGCCUUUCCUUCUUCACCAUGAUCAGACUCCAGAAUCGCACAUCCUGAAAGGAAACUGGUGUCCUGGCCCCGGAAGCCUUACAACCUCCAUGCAGGAUUUCUAUGGCCAGCCACCGCCUCCGACCCAGCCAACCAGACGCCACAUGACCCAUGAGAAAUGGCAGGGUCACGUGACCCUGGGAGAGCCAAAGCUGCUGGGACACGUCUUCCAAAGCACCAUGCACUCAGCCUACUGUGCCCGGGACGGAGGGAAGCCACCGAAGGCACUCAGCCUCCACUUCACAGGGACCGACCUGCCUCAGGGCAGCGGCGAAUUCGACUUUUCAACCACUAACCAGACGAUGCUGAAGCCGCACGGAACAGCCGGAGCGCGCAAGACUCCAGAGUUGCCGCGGAGGUGUAAGUACAUCCACCUGGAGUUCCCGCUGGGGAGACAGCGCUUCUUCUCCACCCACUACAAGGAGGAGUUUCCCUGCAGGUACCAGGGCCCCGCAGUACUGAGACUAAGCAACGCCCAGGAGAGCUACGUGCCGCUGGGCAUGCCUCGCCAUCGGGGCUGCCCGAGAGGGGCGAUAGACCCUCAGGCUUCCCAGCUCCCUUUGUACCCUUGCUCCAGCCAGCAAUAAAUGCAC